GCGACGAAAAGAGACCGCCGAGUCCGUAUUAUCAUUUAUCAAGUGAUCCGGCACAUACGCCUAGUUUUUAAUCCAUCAGCAUGCUGCGUUAUUUUGCGUACUCGGAGGUGAAAAUCGCGAAACUGCCACGCCCACUACCAUCGCGAUGCUAUCACAGCAAAAAGGGCGUUUGGGGCUAUAAGCCGAUUGCCCAGCGUGAAUUUCAAGUGGCCGAGGAUGUGCGGGCUUCGAGAAAUUCGCAGGCCAACGUCUAUCGUUUUGUGGAGGCUUUUCGCCAGCACGGACACAAAUUGGCAGCCGUAAAUCCCAUCAGCAUCAGGACAAGCAAGGAGGAGCUGCAGGAAUUAAGUCCCGCAUUUUAUGGACUGCAGACACAGGAGACGGUGCGCACCGCUGGCCUCUUAAGUGGUCCGCAGGUGGCCCAGAACGUCGCCCAGCUGGAGCAGCUGCUCAAGGACAUUUACUGCGGCGGCUCGGCCAGCGCUGAGUUCUCCUAUGUCGAGGACAUCGAGGAGCGCGAGUGGCUGGCCAGGAACUUUGAGACGCUGGACCAGCAGCAGCUGGAAAACAGCGAGCGUUGCGAAAUCGCCGAGCUGUUAAUUAAGUCGCAGGCCUGGGACAAUUUCAUGGCACUCAAGUUUCCCACAGUAAAAAGAUACGGAGGCGAGGGAGCCGAGUCCAUGCUGGCCUUCUUCUGGCAACUGCUCCGUGACAGCGUCCAAGCGAACAUCGAGCACGUGGUCCUGGCGAUGCCCCAUCGAGGAAGGACUCCGCUGCAGGCGGCGCUGCUCAACAUGCGGCCGGCGAAAGUUUUCCGCAAACUCAGCGGCGCAUCCGAAUUCACGGAAGACAUCGAGGCCAUGUCCGACGUCAUAAGUCAUUUCCAUGUUUCCGAGCAGCUGGAAAUACUGGGCAAGAAACUGAACUUCAGCAUGGUGCGCAAUCCCUCGCAUCUGGAGGCUGCUAAUCCUGUGGCCAUGGGCAAAACACGUUCUAAGCAGCAAGCUCGAGGCGAGGCGGCCUUUGGAAAUGGUGGCCAGCCCUUUGGUCAACACGUGCUCAAUGUAAUCCUUCAUGGAGAUGCUGCAUUUGCCGGCCAGGGAAUUAACCAGGAGUGCCUAAAUAUGGCCUACGUCCCGCACUUUGAGGUUGGCGGAAGUCUCCACUUGAUUGUCAACAAUCAGGUGGGCUUCACCACUCCCGGAGAUCGAGGACGAUCCACCGCCUACACCUCCGAUCUGGCCAAGACCAUUCAGGCGCCCGUGUUCCAUGUCAACGGGGAUGACCCCGAAGCCUUGGCUAGGAUUACAAAUCUGGCCUUCAGAUAUCAGAGGGAGUUCCGCAAGGACAUCUUCAUCGAUCUGAAUUGCUUCAGAAGAUGGGGCCACAAUGAGUUGGAUGAUCCCACCUUUACCAACCCCUUGGUUUACAAGAUUGUCCAUCAGCGGGAGUCGGUGCCGGACUUGUAUGCCCAGCAGUUAGCCAAAAAGCAGGUUCUUUCGGAGUCAAGGGCCAAGGAAAUGAGGGAUGAGUACAUGAAGUAUCUGGGCGAGGAGUUAGCCCUAGCCCCCAGUUACCAGCCGCCACUUUCGUACUUUGAAAAGCAGUGGAAGGACCUUCAGUUGGCGCCUUCUGCGCAACUAACCUAUUGGGAUACUGGAUUGGAUUACUCUCUUCUGCAUUACAUUGGCCAGCAGAGUGUAACUGUCCCAGAAGACUUUAACAUACAUCCUCACCUGCUAAAAACCCAUGUCAACGCUCGCCGGAAGAAGCUGGAAAACGGAGUCAAGAUCGAUUGGUCCACGGCGGAGGCCUUGGCCAUCGGCAGCCUGAUGUACCAGGGCCACAAUGUGAGGAUUAGUGGCGAGGAUGUGGGUCGGGGAACCUUCUCCCAUCGCCAUGCCAUGUUGGUGGAUCAGCAGAGCAACGAGAUGUUCAUUCCUCUAAACAGCAUGGAGGGCGGAAACGGGGGAAAACUGGAGCUGGCUCACAGCAUUUUGUCGGAGGAGGCGGUUCUGGGAUUUGAGUACGGCAUGGCCAUUGACAAUCCCAACAAUCUGAUCAUUUGGGAGGCGCAGUUUGGAGACUUCGCCAAUGGAGCACAGAUUAUCAUCGAUGCCUUUAUUGUUUCGGGAGAGACCAAAUGGAUGGAGUCCAAUGCCCUCGUAAUGCUUCUGCCCCACGGAUACGACGGUGCCGCAUCGGAGCACAGUUCCUGUCGCAUCGAGCGUUUCCUGCAACUCUGCGACUCGAAGGAAACAUCCGCCGAUGGCGAUUCCGUCAACGUGCACAUUGUCAACCCCACCACUCCUGCCCAAUACUAUCACGUCCUGCGUCGCCAGCUGGCAAGGAACUUCCGCAAGCCGCUGGUGGUGGUGGCCCCCAAAACACUGCUCCGUCUUCCUGCAGCCACAUCCUCGCACGAGGACUUCCAGCCGGGCACGCUCUUUCACAAUGUCCUGGGUGACACCACAGCGAAGCCGGAGCAGGUGCGCAAGGUCAUCCUGUGCAGUGGGAAGCACUACUACAAUCUGGCGGCGGAGCGAGACAAUCGGCAAGCCUAUGACACGGCCAUCGUGCGCCUGGAGUCCCUUUGUCCUUUCCCCAGCCAGGAGCUCCAGGCCCAGUUGGCCCAAUAUGGCAACGUGCAAUCUUUCGUUUGGAGCCAGGAAGAACAUCGCAAUAUGGGCGCAUGGACUUUUGUGCGGCCACGUUUUGAAAAUUUAAUUGGCCAACAGCUCCACUACUGCGGUCGCUGCGAGGCACCCACCCCCGCCACCGGAAUCGGAAAAGUGCAUAAACGGGAAGUUGAUGAGAUUGUUGCUGCCCCAUUUGAACUUUAGUGAGCCGCCGCCUCCUUAGCCUUUCAUAUAUCACAAAGUACUGUAGCUCAAUAAAACUGCCAAAAAAUAUAUGUAUAACAAGCAAGAAAA